AUUGUUGUAAUUUAGCCAACAAUCGACGCAUUCACAUUCACAUUCACAGUGGCCUCCAAAGAAACCAUCUGAAACUCAUCUGAAACUCAAACCCAGUUUAAAGUUGGAAACAACAGACAAGAGAUGAACACAAGGCUGAUAUUGAGUGCAACAACACUUGCAGUAGUAGCCAUCUUUAUAGCUUUCAACACAAGAACUAACCAUCAUGUCUCGUUCUUCUUCACCCCAACUCCUAUACCAGGGUCCAAUAACCACCUCCACACAGCUGAGAUUAUCCAUCUCACAGGAGCGGUCGGGCCCGAAAGUCUUGCAUUCAGUCCUGCCGGCGAAGGCCCCUACACCGGCGUCGCCGACGGCCGGAUUCUCAAGUGGCAAGGAGAUGACCUUGGUUGGGUUGACUUUGCUUUCACCACUUCACCUAGGAACGAGUGUGUUCAGCCAUUUGCACCAGAAAUGGAGCAUGUAUGUGGAAGGCCAUUGGGACUACGGUUUGAUAAAAAAACUGGAGAUCUUUAUAUUGCUGAUGCCUACUUCGGCCUUCAAGUAGUAGGGCCAAAUGGAGGUUUGGCUACUCAGCUAGUUGCAGAAGUUGAAGGCCAGCGCUUACGCUUCACAAAUGAUAUGGACAUAGAUGAGCACCAAGAUGUGAUUUACUUCACAGACACGAGCACGAGCUUUCACAGAAGGCAAUUUAUGUCAUCAAUUCUAAGUGGUGACAAGACCGGCAGGUUGAUGAAAUAUGACAAAUCAAGCAAAGAAGUAACAAUCCUACUAAGAGGCCUUGCUUUUGCCAAUGGUGUAGCCUUGAGCACAGACCACUCCUUCGUACUUGUAGCUGAAACCACUACUUGUAAGAUCCUAAGGCUUUGGCUCCAUGGCCCUAAUGCCGGAAAUUCUGACAUUUUUGCUGAGCUACCGGGUUUUCCAGACAAUGUGAGAAGGAACUCAAAGGGUGAGUUUUGGGUAGCUUUGCAUUCCAAAAAAGGACUUCUUGCAGAUUGGGUUGUUUCAAAUACAUGGGUUGGGAAAUCACUUUUAAAGCUUCCACUUAGCUUCAAGCAACUACACUACUUGUUAGUCGGAGGAAAGCCACAUGCAACUGCAAUAAAGUUGAGUGAGAAAGGAGAGAUUUUGGAGGUCUUGGAAGAUAGUGAAGGAAAGAGCUUGAGGUUUAUUAGUGAAGUGGAGGAAAAAAAUGGCAAGUUGUGGAUUGGGUCAGUGAUGAUGCCUUUCAUUGGCUUUUACAAUCGGUAAUGAAGAUGUACUCAAAUGUAACAAGUUGGUUAUGACUAUAUUAGAUUAUGAAUUUGGAUAGUGAUUUGAAGAGAAAAAGUUGUGAGAAAUAAACUAAUUUAUAUUUCAUUCACAUUUUUCUAAGUACUUACUUAAAUUUAUGAUCCAAACAUAGAUUAUAAAUUUUCUUUUUCUUGUUGGCAUGUUA